AAAGACACAUACUAGAUCCAGUCUAAACUACAACAAUGGCGGACACCGGCAACGAAGAUCGUGUUCAGAAAAUGGAAGUCGAUUACAGUUCGACUGUUGAGGAGAAAAUACCAAAAUGUGAAAAACUUGCAAAGCAAGGGAAACUGACAGAGGCUCUGGAUAUUUUGCUUACACUGGAGAAACAGACACGAACUGGAGCUGAUACUCAUUCCCUCAGCAAGGUUUUAGAAACAGUUGUCAGGCUGUGCUUCGAGACAAAGAAUUGGGAAGCCCUCAAUGAAAAUAUUGUACUUCUUACAAAGAAAAGAGGACAGAUUAAACAGUCUGUAACCAAGAUGAUCCAGGAGGCAUGCUCAUACGUUGAGAAGACACCAAACCUUGACACCAAACUCAAGUUGAUAGAUACACUCAGAACAGUUACAGCUGGGAAGAUCUAUGUAGAGAUUGAAAGGGCACGUCUUACAAGGACUCUUGCAAAAAUCCGAGAAGAUGCUGGUAAAAUUGCGGAAGCUGCUGAUAUACUCCAAGAACUUCAAGUGGAGACAUUUGGUUCCAUGGAGAAGAAGGAGAAGGUGGAGUUUAUUCUGGAACAGAUGAGACUGUGCAUUGCCAAGAAGGACUACAUACGUACACAAAUCAUUAGCAAGAAAAUCAACACAAGGUUCUUUGAUGAUCCAGGGACUACUGAAUUGAAGCUGAAGUAUUACCAGUUAAUGAUAGAACUUGAUGAACAUGAGGGCUCUUAUCUGUCCAUAUGUAAGCACUACAGAGCAGUGUAUGAUACCACAGAAAUUAAAGAAAAUCAAGAGAAAGCAAAAGAGGCUCUGAGAUUUGUGGCUUUGUAUUUGAUUCUGUCUCCGUAUGACAAUGAACAGUCAGACAUGAUUCAUAGAGUGAAGGAGGAGAGACUGCUAAAUGAGAUGCCAAAAUACAAAGAUCUACUGAAACAGUUUACCACACAUGAAGUUAUCCAGUGGAAACCAUUUUGUCAGCAGUAUGAAUCUGAGCUGAAGCUUGGUUCAGCAGGCAAUCCACCCACCCAUGUAUUCAACACAAAGUUAGAGGGAGGUGCUAAACGUUGGGCAGACCUGAAAAAUAGAGUUGUCGAACAUAAUAUACGAGUAAUGGCCAAGUACUACACAAGAAUUCGUAUGAAGAGAAUGGGAGAGUUAUUAGACCUCACAGAAGCUGAGAUUGAAGAGUUUUUGUCCAACCUGGUAGUGAACAAGACAGUACAGGCAAAAAUUGAUAGACUCGAGGGCAUUGUCAACUUCACACAGCAGAAGGACCCCAAUGACAUUCUCAAUGACUGGUCAUUUAAUAUAAACACUUUAAUGUCGCUAGUGAACAAGACAAACCAUCUGAUCACUAAAGAAGAAAUGGUACACAAACUGGCGUAGUGUUAAUGUACUAAUGUUAUUUUUUUGCAAGUGAGAAGUUUUGUUAGUGAGUACAGAUGAAAAGACAUUGAUGACAUUGCACAUGUAAAUUUUGGAAGACUGUGUUGUAAAAAGAUGGCACAAUUCCCAUCAAGCCUAUAUCAUUACUUCCGUGCAAAACUGGUAUAUCAGUAUAUCUGCUACUUUAUUUAAACGCAGUUAUAAUAGUUUUGGAUGAGAAUGACAGUAUGUAGACCUCCCUGUGGUUGUUAUUUGCAGGUGAUUUUUAUGUACAAAAUUCUGCAUGUAUUUUUCAGUUUGAAAUGAAAAUUAGUGGUCAUUAGAAUGAGAUUGUCUCUGUUGACAGGUGGUAUUUAGUACAGGUUAAGUUAGUUCAGUCUAACUGUAAAACAGCAUCUCAUGUUUUACUAUAAUUUAUUGGUACUCACUUAAUAAGUAUAUUUUCUUGUCCAGAAAAGAUUGGGAAAAAAGUUGGUAAUAUUAUUUUUUUUCAAGGACUACUGUGUAACACAGCCUAAUGCUGUAAGGUAAUUUAAUUUUCUUGGGCAUGCAGUUUUAUGGUAUCUGUGAAAGUAGCUGCUUUAUGGAGAUGUGAAUUGUAGAUAUUCAUUCUUAAAGAAAUCUGACGAAAUGGGAUGUCUAUUUUUUGAUGUCAUUAUAUUCAGUGGAAUGCAAGAACUAAGCACACCGCACAAAUUAGUCCCUCACAAAUACUAAGAAUUUUACGUUUGAUUAAAAACAAGAAUACAUUUUAAGAAAAGUUGAAGACCAAUUACACCAUAUCCCAGCAAUUUGCAAGUUUUCAUUUACAAAUAAGGCAAUUUUUAUAAAAGCACCUUGCCCUAACAUACAUUGCAAUGGGAGUGGCCAGGAUUCCAAUCCGUGGCCUUCAUCUCUGUAAGAAAUGGGUUGUAGUCAUCUUUGCCAGUGCAUCCACAUAUGAAAUUAAUUAUUAAAACAUUUACCUUGUAAUUUGCAGUUUAUUGCCAGUUUAAUAGUUUUUUCCAUAUGCAUGGUAUUUAUUUAUCAAUAAAACCUUGACCUUCAAUUUACAUAACUGUUAAUAUGAAGUGCUAAGAAAAUACGCUGUUUUUAUUUCACAAUGUUUCUGAAUAAGUAUGGAAUAAAUAUCUGCUUUCUUAAAUGUGAAUGUAUUUAUGAAUUAGCCAUUUAAAGAAUGGCUGUUCCAUUUCAGUGUUAUAUUCUUCGACAUUUAUGAUUUAUAUAUUUAUGUCAAUAAAUUCUUUCAUAUGA